AUUUCUCAACAAUUCCUCACCGCAGGAGCCUCUGAAGCCCCCACCAGGCGAGUUCUCCUCCUGCAACAGCUUCCCACAGCAUGAAGGUCUCCGUGGCUGCCAUUCCCUUCUUCCUCCUCAUCACCAUCGCCCUAGGGACCAAGACUGAAUCCUCCUCCCGGGGACCUUACCACCCCUCAGAGUGCUGCUUCACCUACACUACCUACAAGAUCCCGCGUCAGCGGAUUGUGGAUUACUAUGAGACCAACAGCCAGUGCUCCAAGCCCGGAAUUGUCUUCAUCACCAAAAGGGGCCAUUCCAUCUGUACCAACCCCAGUGACGAGUGGGUCCAGGACUACAUCAAGGACAUGGAGGAGAACUGAGUGACCCGGGGGGUGGCGAAGGCACAGCUCAGAGACCUAAAGAGAAGAUGCCAAGGCCCCCUCCUCCACCCACCCCUAACUCUCAGCCCCAGUCACCUUCUUGGAGCUUCCCUGCCUUGAAUUAAAGACCACUCAUGCCCUUC